UUUUCAUUUCAUUUCAAAUGUAUGAAUAGAGAAUAACGGAAAAUUCAUUGCGGUAUUACCCCAAUCAUCAUUAGUAAAUCAAAAACAACAACUCCAGUUUGCUUUUAGAGUUUGAGUUGUAAACACUUUUUAUUUUUAAUCAGUGACCACUACUCCACAAACACCCACACACACACACACUUGAAUAAAAUAGUGGAAAUUUUUGAAAACUUUCAAAAAAUGGUAUCAACUAAACAUCAAUUAAUCAACAGCAGCAACUGCAACGAUUCUCAUGAUUCUAUUGAUUGGCUUUCUAAUCGUGUUCAAAAUCUUUUGGAAAAAACCUUGGCCUGUCAAAAAUCCAAUCAAUUAAGACCAAUUUCCAAUCGAGAUGUGUCCAAUGAACGAAAACAACAACAACAACAACAACAAACCGAUUCUGACAUUAUAUUGUCGACCAAAAAAUUUAAUGAGACAGAAUCCAGAAUUCUUGUCGAAUCGAAUGUUAUGAUGUUGAAUACAUCAAGGAAUUGUAAUUCUGAAAAUUCGCUCACAUCUAACAUAACAUUAAAUUGUGAUGAAUUUGAUGAUUUAACUGAAUACUAUCCGAUUCAAAAAUUUCAUCGUAAUCAUAAUCGAAAUGCCCCACCCAUUUCCAUUCAGAAGAAUGAAAAAUCCAUAACAGAGAAUUGUCAUUUAUCGGAUAUAAUUUCAUUUCAUAAAAAUUUUCUCAAUUCUCAGAUCAAUCAUCUGAAACGAUUAAGCAAUGAUCUGAUUAGGAUCGAAAAAUCCAUUGGAAAAUCUCAAAAUUCAUUCAUUAAUUAUAGAAAUAAUAAAUAUAAUGAAAAAUCAUUAUCAAAAUGUCAUUGUAACCAUGGCAACAAUGUUGAAAAAAUUUCAAAUCAACACCGAAAAACUCAUUCAUUUAUUUCGUAUGAAAAACAAUGUUAUGAUAACCUGGAUACGGCAAAAUAUAGCAAACAUGAAAAACAAACAAAAAUUUUACAGACUUCAAUUUCAAUGAUGCAGAAAAUCAAUCAACAAAUAAAUGAAGACAUGAAUGAUGGUGACAAUGAUGAUGAUGAUGAUGAUGUGACAAAUAAAUCGGUACAAACCUCAUUUGUAUUUAAUGCUAUUGUUGAACGAUCAAAUGGUGACCAAUUCCAGUGCAGCAAUGAUGAUGAUGGUGAAUGUCUCAACAUUAAUAGAUCAUUAUCAUGGUUUCUUCAAUUUGUUGACGAAGAAAAUUAUCGUAUAUUCGAUGCACAAUCAUUUAAUUUGUCGGAAAUAUUCGAACAAAAUCAACGAAAAUUUAAACAUCGAUCAUUAAUGCGUGCACUUCGAAUAAAAGACAAUGGUCGUUUGCGAAUAGAAACAGCCGAUCAAAGAAAAGAUGAAAUUGUACAGGUCUUUUUAUUGGCUAAAAGUUGCUAUCCAAAUGACAAAUGUUCAAAACGAAAAUCAGCAUCAAGUAACAGUCGUCCAUUAUCGCCGAUUACUCGACGUGUAUUCACCCAUCAACAGAUGCGCAAACAAACGGAAAAAGUUUAUAAAAAAUUACCAGAAUUUAAAAAUCGCCAAAAGGAUGGACGACAUGAAGAUGAGGCAAAAAAACGUCGAAUGAUGGCAGAAAUUUUCAAACAAAAAUUGAAGGAUAAUGCCGUACGUGGCCGGUUAAAUUGGCCGAUUACUAGUCAAGCCAUUUCGACAUAAAAUAUUUAUAAAUGAAUCAAUCAAAUUUUCAAUAAAAAAAUAUCAAAUCUUUUUUUUUA